AUGGAGUUUCUCCAACUUGUCAAAGAUGAGCAGCAGCCAGGGAUUGGUCUACAUAUUCCCUCCCAACCCAAAAUUGCGGAAAAUAUCAUCCACUUUCUAGUUGAGCGACGCCUUUUCCCACAGGCGCUCACGGUCUACCAGAACAUCAUCACUUCAGGCUUCAUUCCGCUGCCCUCCACCGACGCUCUCUUCCUUGCCGUCAUAAUGAAGACGUCCCAAGCUCCCGGGCACGUACAAUUAAACGAUUUCAAGAAGAUAAUGGCAUACCCCUCAUUCACAGAGUCCCACCUCCUCGAAUUCCUCGACCACGUUGAAAAGCUAGAAAUUGAUCCAGACAGUUGCUCACAGCUCGUGCGUCUCUUCAUAGACGUCAAAGGAGAGAACUCUACUCCCUCGCGUUCUCUUCUGAUGAAACUGAUUGACCUCGACACGAAGGCGGGUAACUUGGAGAACGCCUCACAACUCAUCGACGACUCGUCAUCUUCAUUCGACAUACCUGCUGAACCUUACGCUCGUGUUAUACGCUCCACCAAUCCAGGCGACGAUGAAGCAGUUGACUGGAUAAUGGAUGUCAUGCGCGAGAAAGACGUUCCAGUGCAUAUUCUCGUCUUCAACUCCCUUAUAUCACGCCAGCGACGGUCUUUGGGUGGAAUACAGCGAGCUUUUGCCUUUUACAACAUCAUAAUGCGUUUAGCUGCGACCACGCCCUUGAAGCCCGAUGUUUUUACUUACAAGCAACUUUUCCGCAUGCUAGGCUACCAUUACAAGCAAGACUAUCGGCCGAACACAUCGCGUAACCUUCAACGAGUAUCCGUGCUCACUCGGCCGCGGCAACUCUUCUAUGACAUGAUGAUGCUUUGGUUUAAUUCCAAGCUGCAUGCUCCCGCUUCUCAUAGUCUUGAAAUCCGAGCGACCCAGAUUCAGAACGACGAAGCUGUCCUAACCGUCGCAUUGCGUGCUUUCCUGUACCUGGAUGACUACUCUGCAGCCAUUAUCACCCUCGAAACAUUUCCAAAAAUCGGUAUUCCCAUCACCGAGAGGCUCUACUUUGUCAUCCUGCGUUACCUCGCACGUAAAGUCUAUUAUGACGUUCUUGUCUCCCGUAAAAAGAAGACAUAUCCAGUUGUCGCUCAUUUUAUGUUGGGCAGCUUUAACUCGUCCAAAAUCAUAAAGCGUGACCCUACAGCAACUUACGAAUGGAUCAUGCAACGUCUGCUGGAGAAACACUGCGACACAAAUGGACGUCAAGGACGGGUGCCUACCGUCGCAGAAAUUUUGGCCCAGGAUGUUGCCCGUUCGGGGGAACCAUGUGAUGCCUGGCCAUUGGUCAACAUGCUUCGUCGAUGGCUACAAAUGAACGCCUCGACGACGAGGGAGCCUUGGGGUGGUUUUUGGAGAAAGAGAAACUUGUCGGCUGUAAGAUUUGAAAUGGUCCCACAACAAGUCCAACUAUGGCAAUGGUAA